AUGGCACCCGGCGCACUAAUCUCGGAGCCCCCGUCGGCGAUCAACAUCGUGACGAAGCGGCCCUCCAGCACCACCACCCCCUCCAACAACCAAGCCGACCGCUCCAUAUUUCCCGACGGCAUCCGCACGUCGGGCCAACACAACCCCAUCUACUCCCUUCUAAGACCGUACCAAGACUUUCCCAAAUCCAUCACGGGCCCUACGGUCUGGCAAAAGGAGCAGUUUGAAGCAGAUGCGACCUCGUGGACGCACCGCUUCACGCCGUCAGAGGUCGCCGAGCUGGGCGCCACGGCCGACGCCUUCAUCGCCAGCGGCGUGGACCUGACGGGCAUCUCCAAGAGCAACUUCCCGCUGCCGACGCUGCACCGCACGCUGGAGGCGCUGCGGGCCGACCUCCUGGACGGCAAGGGCUUCGUGCUGUUCAAGGGCUUCCCGGCGACCGAGUGGGGCCCGCGCAAGACGGCGACGGCCUACAUGGGCCUGGGCACGCACCUGGGGUACUUUGUGUCGCAGAACGGGCGCGGGCACGUGCUGGGCCACGUCAAGGACGUCGGCGACGACGCGGGCCAGAUCCACCGCGUGCGCAUCUACCGCACCGCCGCGCGGCAGUUCUUCCACGCCGAUGACGGCGACCUCGUCGGCCUGCUGUGCGUCCACCGCGCCGCCGAGGGGGGCGAGUCCGACCUGGUCAGCGUCCACGCCGUGUGGAACGAGCUGCAGCAGAGGCACCCCGACGUCGCCGAGCUGCUGACCAGGCCGAUUUGGUAUUUCGACCGCAAGGGGGAGGUCAGCGAGGGUCAGGAGGAGUGGACCAGGCAGCCCGUGUUUUAUCUCGAGCCGGGCGGGAAGGGGAGGGUCUAUUGCAAAUUUAAUCCCUACUACGUCCGCAGCUUGACGAGGUUUUCCGACAAGGGCAUCAUCCCGCCGCUGAGCGAGGAGCAGAAGCGGGCGAUUGAGAUCCUCGAGGACACAUGCCAGCGGCUGGCCCUGCACAUGAUCCUCGAGGUUGGCGACAUUCAGUUCCUGAGCAACGCGCACAUACUACACGCAAGGACGGCGUACAAAGACUUUCCCCCGCCGGCUCCAAGGAGACAUCUUCUCCGUCUGUGGCUGUCGACGCCGGAUAACGAAGGUGGCUGGGUGCUGCCCUUCCCAGACAGUGGAGAGAAGAAACGGGGUGGAAUCCAGGUCAACAAUACGCCACCGCGAUGCCCGCUUGAUGCUGAAUAG